AUGAACUCUACCUUGGAUGGUAAUCAGAGCAGCCACUCUUUUUGCCUCUUGGCAUUUGGCUACUUGGAAACUGUCAAUUUUUGCCUUUUGGAAGUAUUGAUUAUUGUCUUUCUAACUGUGUUGAUUAUUUCUGGCAACAUCAUUGUGAUUUUUGUAUUUCACUGUGCACCUUUGUUGAACCACCAUACUACGAGUUACUUUAUCCAGACUAUGGCAUAUGCUGACCUCUUAGUUGGGGUAAGCUGCCUGGUCCCUUCUUUAUCACUCCUCCACCACCCGCUGCCAGUAGAGGAGUCCUUGACUUGCCAGGUAUUUGGUUUUGUAGUAUCAGUUCUGAAGAGUGUCUCCAUGGCCUCUCUGGCCUGUAUCAGCAUUGAUAGAUAUAUUGCUGUCACUAAACCUUUAACCUAUAAUACCCUGGUUACGCCCUGGAGGCUACGUCUGUGUAUUUUCCUGAUUUGGCUAUAUUCCACCCUGGUCUUCCUGCCUUCCUUCUUCCACUGGGGCAAACCUGGAUAUCAUGGAGAUGUGUUUCAGUGGUGUGCGGAGUCCUGGCACACCGACCCCUACUUCACCCUGUUCAUCGUGAUGAUGUUGUAUGCCCCAGCAGCCCUCAUUGUGUGCUUCACCUAUUUCAACAUCUUCCGCAUCUGCCAACAGCACACAAAGGAAAUCAACGAAAGGCAAGCCCGCUUCAGCAGCCAGAGUGGGGAGACUGGGGAGGUGCAGGCUUGUUCUGAUAAGCGUUAUGCCGUGGUCCUGUUCCGAAUUACUAGUGUAUUUUACAUCCUCUGGUUGCCAUACAUCAUCUACUUCUUACUGGAGAGCUCUACUGGCCACAGCAACCGCUUCGCAUCCUUCUUGACCACCUGGCUUGCUAUUAGUAAUAGUUUCUGUAACUGUGUCAUUUAUAGUCUUUCCAACAGUGUCUUCCAAAGAGGACUAAAGCGCCUAUCAGGGGCCAUGUGUACUUCUUGUGCAAGUCAGAUGGUAGCUAAGGACCCUUACACAGUUCGGAGCAAAGGCCCUCUUAAUGGAUUUCAUGUCUGA